AUGGGCACCGUCGGCAACGGUCCCUUCUGUUCGGUGCUCGUCGUCCCUCAGAAGAAGCGUCUGGAUAGGCACAGGAAUGGUUCGUCGCUCUCGGGGACGGGAUCGGAUGGUUUCUGCACCAGAUUUGCUGCGUUGAACGGGAAGAGUGCAAUCCGCUGUGAAUCUCAGGGGAGCAGAGCGGGGGGGAACCUCGGGAUCAACUCUCGCCCUGGGAGGAAGAUCGAGGAUUACAACACGGUCAUGAAGCGGAUGAUGAGGAAUCCCUACGAGUACCAUCAUGAUCUGGGUGAGAAUUAGAAACGCAAUCGGCCAUGAAAGUGGAUCGAAAUCCUUGGACCUUUUUCUGUUGGCCUUUUCUUUGUGGAAUCGAGGGGUUUCGAUGAAGCUUUUAGGCUCUUCACACCGUUCUUAUUUCCUUCUAUUAGUUCCAAAUACAAUCUGAUCAACGUUUCGACUGCUGCCAGUUUUUCAUGUUUGCGUACGUCGUAUCGAACUUGUCUUACGGAAAUAUCAGGAAAUUAGAAGCUAGUUUACUCAAAGGAAAUUCACUGUACGACUGCUUUAGUAGGGAAAUUUCAUGUUUGCGUACGACUGCUUUUGUCGUUGUGAAAUAAAUCAUAAAUUCAAUGAAGCUAUCCAAGGACGAAUAUUCUCUAAGAUCACCCAUAUAGAAAGGAACUUAAAAACUGUUUCACAUCUUUUAGUUCAAGCACUCAUGUAUUCGUUUCUCUCAUCAUGGGAUCGUGGCUUUCACUUAUCCUAGACUCAGUAAUCAGCAUCAGACAUUUUUCUUUUUUUUAAAAGUUGUCCAUAGAUUAUAGAAUACAUGUAGCCUUUUUAUAUUCUCAUUUGAUUUUGAGUAUGCUUUAUUUUCUUAACACAUCAUACCGUUAUUUGUCCUGCAAUUGACUGUGGAGUUUGCCAAUGUUUGGUCUUUCUUACAAGAUGGUGAACAGAAAGUUAGAGUCAGCACUCCCGCUGUCUUACUCGUAAUCUGUUUAACUUAUCAUUACGUUUCCGCAAUUCUUUUGAAAUCUGCAUUUUUGGAGUAUAGAAAUCAUUAUUGCAUUACUGGAAAUAUCUUAAAAUUGACCUGGAUAAAUUAAACUUGUUACCCUUGAACUCGAACUCAUACUGUCGCUGAUCCAAAUCUACACUUACCAUUAAUUUAGCUGAGGUUUUUUGAUUCCUCUAAAUACCUCUUACAUUUGGUAAUUUAAUUUAUUUUGAUAUGCCAUUGAUCCGUUAAGCUGAUUUUUUCGAACUUCCUCAGGCAUGAAUUACACCUUGAUAACCGACCACCUGAUUGUGGGGUCUCAACCUCAGAGACCAGAGGAUAUUGAUCACUUGAAGGAGGAGAAUGUGGGCCACAUACUGUGUUUACAACAGGAUAAGGAUAUUGAGUAUUGGGGAAUCGACUUCGAAUCUAUCAUAGAAAGAUGCAAAAGAGCUGGGGUGCACCACAUGAGAAAGCCCGUAUGCUAUAGCACCAUUGGUUGUCUUUUCCUUACUAAAGUAGUGCAUGCUCACUGAAUGAAUUUAUGCUCUUGCCAAAAAUGAACCUUGAUCAAGAUAUUUUCUUCAUUACGUUAGUUAAAAGCUGCCCUGUCUAGGAAAUUAUUCUUCUGGUAUUUGUUUCCAAUUCAUUUGAUUAUAUGCUAUUGAGGUUUACUCCAACCGACUUAUUUUUAUUUUCCUCCUCGUUAUGCCCUUACUUUCUGUUGAGCACAUCCCACAAAGCUGUCUUUUUAAUUAUUCGCAUCUUCAAUCUAGCUACAGAAAUAAUUUAGGAAGCAUGUACACCAUUAUCUCCAGCCAUGAACUCCCACAAAAGGAAAUACCCUGAAGAAGACUGUAAGAGCUUAAUUGUGAGAGUGAAUGUUUAAAUGUGGGGGAAGUUGGGAGGCAAUUGUGUUUUCUAGGAUGUGUGGUAGAUAAAUUUCCUAUCUUUAUGAAUUGAAUUCAAGGAGCAUGCCACACGUUCAAUUCCUUGGGAAAUGAUUUUGUACAAGCCUGAAGGCAAGUUGCUACUAGUUCCAUGAACCUUUGUAUCGUCCAGCCUAGAGAUCAGCUGGCCGUCCUGGAAAGAAUAUCCAAGACAAUUGCUAAUGUAAUGGAAUUCAUAGUAUCGUAUAUUGAUCGAUCAAACAGAGAUUUGGCAACUAAAAGAAAAAUUGAUUCUUUGAGAUACUUCCUUUAGUCAAGAAGGACAGUCUGUGCAAUAUGCCUUUUUUAUAGCAUUAAUUGGGAAAUAUGUGGUGCAUCACAUCAAUAGGAGACUUCAAUUUGAAAUUUUUCAUUAAGUCGUCGUAUGUUUUUAUUGGCAAUGACAGGAGUUUUUGCAUCUCACUCACUCACUCACUCACUCACUCACUCACUCACUCAACAACUAGUAAUAGCUUGAACGCUUCUUCAGAUGCUCAUCUUUACAGGAUAUCCUGCACCAGCUGUUCCACAAGACGAGCCUUUUGAUUGAUUCUCCCACGAUAAAAGAAUACUUCCAAGAUGUGACCGACAAAUAAACUAGCUUAUCUAGAAAUGAAACGACACAAGACAGAGCUGCUGGACAAACAUGGUGGUGUGGGUCUUGCUUGAGUUAGAGUGAGAAAGUGGGUCACAACUCUUUUUUGAGAUAGAGUGGAAGAAGAGCUAGAGUGGGUUGACAUUUCUUUAAUAAGGAAAGGCCAUACCCGGCGAUCUAAGGGCGUAGCAUCUUAUCAUUACUAUGAUUUUCACCAUCUCAGUGCAGACGAUAGUUUUUUUCUUUUUCUGAUUAAAUUUCUCUCUCUCAUUGAAGGACUGUGACCUUUGACUUUCCUACAUUGAAGGCUAGGGACUUUGACCCGGAUUCAGUGCGAAAUUCUCUGCCCAAAGCCGUUUCGUUGCUAGAAUGGGCAGCAUCCCAGGAGAGAGGGAGAGUCUAUGUUCAUUGUACUGCUGGACUGGGGAGGGCCCCUGCGGUUGCCAUUGCCUACUUGUUCUGGUUCUGCAACAUGGAUGUGAGCCGCCCACGAUUCUCCCCCCCCCCCCCCCCUUCUCUCCUCCUCUCCCAUCUCCUUUCUUUCCUUCCUUCCUUCUCUCUAGAAAUAGACGAUACUUACUAUUUUAAGAUUUCGGCUACAUUGCAGCUAGACAAGGCGUAUGGCCUGCUCACAUCGAAGAGGCCGUGCGGGCCUAACAAGGCGGCAAUCAGAGGAGCCACCUACGAUCUGGCCAAGGACGAUCCAUGGAAGGAGCCUUUCGAGAGCCUCCCAGAUCUUGCCUUCCAUGACAUCGCCGACUGGGAGAGACGGUUGAUCCAAGAGCGCGUACGAGGACUUCGUGGGAGUUGA